AUGUUCCAUCAGAUGCUUGACGCCGUUCAUGGAUUGUCCAAAGUUUUUUUUUGCGAUGCCCAUGCUAAUUCUGCGCUGAGCAGGUCACUGCGUCUUCAUGACCUCAUAGAGCACGGCGUGACGCUGCUCGAGGACCCCAUGACGCCGCGGCAGCCGGUUAUCAGCAGCCCUGCGCGCUACUUUUUUGUCGUGGAGGAUGCGUCUGUGAGCCGCGUGGUUGAGGAUUGGAUGGCAAAGGUCCCGCACAGGGAUGCACACAUCUUUUCGCUGGGGUGCACCCCGCAUCGCCACCCUCAGCAACUGGUGCGGGCUCGGAUAGCGCCGAGGGCGAUGCGUUCCAAGGACAUUAUGUUAGACUUCGCCGCCCCUGAGGUGCUGGUGUUCCACCUCAGCAUGCAGAAUGGGUUCCCUCAGCUGCUGUCGCCGCCGACUCGAGAGUCCGUUUUGAACGUUGUGGAUGUUGCGGCGUCACGUCCUGUGGCGGCUUUUCACGCCAUGAAAAACAGUGUGCCCGGCAUUCGCCACCAAAACAGUGGCAGCAUCUGCCAUGGGGUUGCCAGGACCUUUUUUGAGGGCUUUCCAAGCUCUGCUACGACGAGCCGGAUUUCACUUAGUGGCGCCGACAGCCGCGGCAACCCGGUGCGGAUCAUCGUUGAUUGGGGCUGUGCCACGGUGACGCCGCUGAUGCACCAACGCAAAUGUCAGUUUCUGCUUGAUGACCUGAUGCCGCUGCAGAAUAACUUGUAUGAGCAGACCUGUAGGAAUCGUCUGGGUGAGGGCUCGAAGCGGCAGUAA